AGAGAUGAAACUUAAAGCAGGAAGCAACAUACCAUGAAUGUACUGCAAGGGAACACAUUUGUGUCAUGUGAAGAGACAUGACAAAAACAGCCCUCCUUAAAUUAUUUGUGGCAAUAGUUAUCACAUUCAUUUUAAUUUUGCCGGAAUAUUUCAAGACACCGAAAGAAAGAACAUUGGAGCUAUCAUGUCUGGAAGUGUGUUUGCAAUCUAAUUUUACCUAUUCACUCUCCUCCUUAAAUUUUUCUUUUGUGACUUUUCUGCAACCAGUAAGGGAAACUCAGAUUAUCAUGAGAAUCUUUCUAAAUCCCUCCAAUUUUCAUAACUUCACCAGGACUUGCCAAGACAUCACAGGUGAAUUUAAAAUGUGCUCCUCGUGUUUGGUUUGUGAGUCUAAAGGAAACAUGGAUUUUAUUUCUCAGGAACAAACAUCAAAAGUUCUUAUCAGGAGAGGAUCAAUGGAAGUGAAAGCAAAUGAUUUUCAUUCACCUUGUCAGCACUUUAACUUCACUGUAGCUCCUCUGGUUGACCACUUGGAGGAAUAUAACACUACCUGUCAUCUAAAAAACCACACUGGAAGAUCAACAAUCAUGGAGGAUGAGCCAAGCAAGGAGAAACCUAUAAACCAUACUUGUAGAAUCAUGGAAUACCCGAAUGACUGUACACACAUUUCUUUGCACCUAGAGAUGGAUAUACAAAAUAUCACUUGUUCCAUGAAGAUCACUUGGUAUAUUUUAGUUCUAUUAGUUUUUAUAGUUUUGAUCAUCCUCACUAUCCGCAAAACACUUGAAGGCUACAGAAGAGUGCAGAAGUGGCAGAGUCACAGAGACAAACCUACAUCUGUUCUCUUAAGAGGAAGUGAUUCAGAGAAACUGAGAGCAUUGAAUGUGCAGGUUAUUUCAGCAGAGACCACGCAGAGGCUGCCUUUGGAUCAAGUCCAGGAAGUGCUUCCCCCAAUACCAGAACUAUAAGUUACUUCCACAGUGCAUCAGUGAGAUCAAUAUACACGAAUAUCCCUGGGCAACUUGGACUGAGCCCUUUGAAGAAUACUCAUAAUUUUAUUUUGUGAAUGAGUAGACUGGAAAAUGUUUGUGUCCAGCUGAGGAUGCACAGUUGGAAAGCAGGAGGAAUGCUGACUGGCUGAUGAAAACUAGCUUAAGAGCAUUCAUUCGACCCAUGAGAUCAGGGGAACAAGAGUGUUUGCAAGAAGCCAUUAUGAGUCAUGGAAAAAAAGGUGAUGAAACCCAUGGAAACAGCAAGAGAAUUCCUGCUCUCUCUCUUCUUAAAAAAAAAAUCUAUCAUUAUACAGCACAGAAUGGAGCCAAGAUUUUAAUUUUGAGGAAACAAAAACAGGAUCAAAUAUGAAAACACUUUCUUUUAUUGGGCCACAUUGUAGAUGCUGAUUUGAUAAUUGUUUCCUAUGCAGAUAGAUUAUUUUUAUUUCACAGAUUAUUUAAGAGGGCCUGGUUGUUUGUUUAUAUGUUUGUUUGCAUUUAUGAAUCUUGCUGCCUUUUGGCACCAGGAUGUUUUUAAAAAAAUUCAAAGAGGCCGGGCGCGGUGGCUCACGCCUAUAAUCCCAGCACUUUGGGAGCCUGAGGUGGGAGGAUCAUGAGGUCAAGAGAUCGAGACCAUCCUGGCCAACAUGGUGAAACCCUGUCUCUACUAAAAAUACAAAAAUUAGCAGCUCCUCAGGAGGCUGAGGCAGGAGAAUCACUUGAACCUGGCAGGCGGAAUUUGCAAUGAACCGAGAUCACACCACUGCAUUCCAGCCUGGCGCAGAGCAAGACUCUGUC